AUGAAAAACCAUGAGGAAAUUGAGCUUACUAGUCGACCACAAACGUCUAUGGGCGGAGGAAUAGAACUUCAUCUUCUCGUUUGCUUAGCUGCUUAUGUAACCAGCGCUGUCCAAACACAGACAUCGGUACAAACAGAAUAUGACUUUAGCGGCCUUGACAUACGUCUAGCUGGUGGUACCAGCAAUCUUGACGGACGUGUCGAAAGAAGAGUGAACGGAAUUUGGGGCACGGUCUGUCGGGACAGUUUUGGUAUGAACGAUGCACAAGUGGUCUGCCAAAUGCUGUCGUCUGAUCUAUCUGCCAUCCAAGUCAUCCACGAUACAACAUACGGACCGGGAGCCGGCCCCAUAUUUUACAACCAACUGGAUUGCUCUGGAUCAGAAACUUCUAUCGACGACUGCUCAAGUAUAUCUGGUGAACAGUGCGAACAUAAUAAGGAUGUAGCUGUCGUAUGCUCAGUUUGUCCAAGAGCUGCUGAAUUUUACUACGGUGACUUUAGCAGCGUUGCCAUGACUAUAAGAGGACAAGAGUACCACGGCAUAUGUAGCAACGGCACUUACACAUAUGAUUUCACAUACUUGUGUCUUGACAAUGGAACAUGGAUACCUACGCAGAAUUCUUGUGGACCUUUGAGUUAG